AAAAUUAUAAAAUGUUAUUUUCGUCCAAUAUUUAAAAUUGAAAAAGUUCACUAGAAUUUCCUUUUUACAAACACCUUUUUUAAAAUGACGCUAUUUUUAAAAAUUUCGUAUUGAAAAAAGAUAGGAAAAAUUCUUAAUUAGUAAUGCUGAAAGAAUUGUGUCUUUAAAUUGAUAUGAUUUCAUCUGAUUCAGAUAUAAAUCAAUCAACUAAAGUACAGUGCAAUUCAAACAUAUUUCGAAAUUAAUUUAAUUUUGAAAUUUUUAUAUUGGUUUACUCCAAAAAAGAAAAUAUAUUUAAAAAAAAAUAAAUCUGCAAAUUUAAUGUAAAAUAUUUUAUUUCAUUUAGAUUUGAUUCUAUUGUCAAUUAAUUAAAAAAAACCAAUAUGAAAAAAUAAACUAAUUUACAUUUGAAUUACAAGUUUGAAAAAUUAAAAAUAAAAUACAUCAGGCAAAAUCGCUAAAAAAAAUACUGGGAAAAUUUAUUAUAUUUUAAAAAUUUAGCAUCAAUGAAAAGAAAUUAUUAAAUUUUUAUGAUUGACUGUACUUAUAAAAGCAUCAGUCUCCAACUGAUUCAGCAGUCCAAGAAACAUAAUCAGUGCGCGUUACAAUGAUUUUCUUUAUUGUUUCAAAAAAUUUUGUUUGAAUAAUGUGUAAUUUUUCAUUUGUUUUUGAAAAUUGUUUAAAAAAAAUAAGUUAAAUUGUAAAAAAUGCAAAAUCCGGAAGAAAUUGUUACCGACUUUUCUCAAAGUAUUGAAGAAGAUAAACAAAGUGGAGAUAAAUUAAUGGAUAAUACAAGAGAAAAGAAAAAAGAUUCUUUGGACGUUGAAACCAUCACUCAGAAUGCAAUAGACGCAACAGGUUUUGGAAUUUUUAAUAUACAAAUUGCCUUACUAAGUGCCUUAGUUUAUGCAAAUUCGGCAAUUGCCUUGUCCAGUACUAGUUUCAUUCUUCCUGCAGCAGUAUGUGAUUUCGAAUUGAACACUGUUGAUAAAGGACGAAUCGCUGUUUUUCUUUUGAUAGGCACAACAAUUGGUACAAUUAUUUGGGGAUUUGUGACCGAUCUCAAGGGUCGAAAAUAUUCUCUAGUAAUAUGUCUGUUUUUGCAAGGAUGUAGUGAUUUUUUUAUGUCAUUCACUCCAAGUUAUUGGUGCUUUUUAUUUUAUAGAUUUCUGAGCGGUAUAGGAAUUAGUGGACAAAUAACACUUGUUUUUGCAUAUGCCGGUGAAUUUCAACCAACAAAAUUUCGAAAGAGAAUACUUUCCUGGUUAGACAUUGCGUGGAUUGGUGGAAUACUUUUAGUACCAUUUUUAGCUUGGUUUAUCAUUCCAUUGGAAUUACAAUACGUUUACGGGAGAUUUUUCUUUCGAUCAUGGAAUUUAUUUAUUUUAAUAUCAUCACUACCGGGAUUAAUAAUUGGAGUAUUUUUACUUUAUUAUCCGGAGACUCCAAAAUUUCUCGCUAAUACCAAACAGUAUUCAAAAUUAUUAAAAGUUCUUGUGACAAUGUAUCAACAAAAUACACCAUCAAAAUUGAAGAGAAAUGAAGAGAAUGUAUUUUUUAAUAAAAUUUUGAGUCCUUUUCUCAUUGACAAUGAAAAUAAUUUAUCACAAAUAGAAAAAUUGGAAAAUAUCGAAAAUAAUGAAAAUGGAGAUAGAAAUUUGAAGAUAAUGUUAAGAAAUCUAAAAUUACAAGCAAUAGAAAUAUUUAAAACUCCUUAUUGGAAGAAAAUGAUAAUAGGAAGUGUGGCUACUUUCCUGAUAUUGGCACCUUAUAAUACAUUAAUUCUUUGGUUUCCCGAGCUUCUCGAGCGAUUUGCAAUAUUUCAACAUCAUUAUCCAAAUGAAUCAUCGAGUGUUUGUAUAGUAUCACAAAAAUUAUUUUCCUCGAAUAAUGAUUCAAAUAUUUGUGAUCGAUCGAUACAUGAAAGUGUAUUUAUUGAUACUCUAUGGCUUUCUGCAUCAUGUAUUCCACCUGCAAUUUUAUUACCCCUUUUUGUCGAUAAAUUAGGAUUUAAAUUUUUCUUAGUUUCUGCAAUAAUCAUUAGUAGUUUAGCAACAUUUGGAUUAUUUUUCGUCACCACAUCAUUGGAAAAUAGAAUUUUAUCAUGUAUUUUUGAAUCAACAAAUUCUAUAGGAAUAAGCAUAAUAUAUUGUUGUUUAAUUGAAAUUUUUCCAACAAAUUUCAGAAUUCUAGCCAUGAGUGUUGCUAUUUUAUCAGGAAGAAUAGGCAGUUUAGUUGGCAAUUUAAUAUUUAGUUAUUUCAUUGACAAUUAUUGUGCACCUGUUAUUAUUACAAUGUCUGCACAACUUUUCCUUGGUGCAAUUCUGUGUUUGAUUUUAUGAUAAAAAAAAAUUGCAUAUAAUUUUUUUUUAACUUUUUACCUUUUAGAUUACUUUUUUUUAAAAUUAAUACUCUGUAAUUAUGUGAUCACUGUAUUAUUAAUGUAAUUCAGAUUUAU